GCUUUCGUAUCAAUUAUAUAAACAAACGAAGAACAAAUAGAUAAUUUUCACGAUAAAAAGCGCAAACUUUUUCGAAGCGAAAUUCAAACUCCCUAGACGGAGAAAAAAAAAUAAUCUCUAGGUAAACAUCUGUGAAAAGAAGACACGCGAUGGAAAGCGUAAAUAUUUACAUUUCUUGAGUGUUUUGCGGGAGUAAUUUUUAUUUAUAAUCAUGAUAGACGGAAACAUUUCCAUGGAGGAGGACACAGAAUUAAGGGAUUUGGUGGUGCAAACCCUUGAGAACAAUGGUGUUCUCGCGAAAGUGCGGGCAGAACUCAGGGCAAGCGUGUUUUUAGCGCUAGAAGAACAAGAAUCUGUAAUGAAUCCAGAACCGCUCCUCAAUAAAACUGUAAAGCAGUACCUGGCUAAUUCAGAAGGAAAAUUAUUGUUUUCCUUGGUUAGGGAGUUCCUAGAAUACUUCGGUCUCGAUUAUACGAUAUCUGUGUAUGAUCCAGAGACAUACUUUGGAAAAGAAUAUAAUUACGUAGGAAGAAAUAAAUUAUGCGAAGAGUUAGGUAUUGAAUCUAACGAACCAUUGCUUGGAGAAAUUUUAAAAAAUAGCAUGAACAGUGCCUUUAAUAACACAGAAAAGAACAAAACUAACGACAGCAGGCUUAAUAAAACAGACGAAACUGCAACAAACAUUGCUAAUGCAACGUUCGAAAUUUCCAUUCCAAAAGUAUUACACCACGAAACAAUGUCAUUAUCGAAUAAUAAUGAUAUCUCGGAUAAAUUGGAUAACAAAGUUUCGCAGCAGAGUCCAAAACUUCCAAUAAACGUGACAAUAACAGACAAAAAAAUUAAAGAAACGUCGCACGAUGUUUCGAAAGACGAGUCAAGUAGUGAAAAACAAAAGAAUUCUCUCAGGAAAUGUGCAACUUCUGAAUGCUCAGAUAAGAACGAUGGAAUUGAUAGCAAAGGGAACAAUAAUAUGAAUUUUGAUACGCUCUCUACAAGUCCAAAUGGCACAACUACGGUGAUGAAUCAUACAACAAAGGAGACUGAAACAAAUAUGCCCAUCCAAAUAAAUUUACUAAAUAAAACCGAGCCUUUAAUUAAGUUUGACGAAUCUAUAGUUACUGAAGUGCAAACAAAUCAAAAUGAAGAUAUAAGUAAGCAAAAUAAUAUAAAUAGUUUCGAAUUACACAUAGCGAAUAACGUACAAAAUAAAAAGUCGGUGAACAUUGGAAACAGUUUUGGAAAGACUGUAUACUUUGAAAAGAUAAUCGUUGAUGGAAAGAGAGAAGAUAUCAAUGCUAUACAUAAUACCGAAUCAUUUUUACAAGAUUUACCAUCUGUAGAUAAAAAAUCUCAUUCUAUACUCAGCGAUCUCCCACCAUUAAAUGGUAAAAAGACUAAUAUCAAUGAUCUGAAGGAAUUGAUGGAUAUCGGGCUUGGAACUGAUGGAAUUGAUAACUACGAAGAAGAUUUUAUUUCAUCCGCCUCUGGUAGUGCUUACGAACAAAGUCCCACUAAAGAACCUGAAAAAUCAGAUAGUCCAGUGAAACAUCAAACAAAAAAGCAAGAUAAAUCUCAAAGUGCUCACAGUGACGAGAUAAGUGAAGAAAUUGAAGAAAUUGAUGACGUAUUAAGCAGUACAUGUCUCGAAGAUAUAAAUAUGGAUAAAAAUAUAUCAAAUUUUGCAACGGGUAUUACAGCUAAUUGUGCGAAAGAACUAUAAUCGUACAUCACGUUACUACAGAAUUUACUUUCUGCAAGAAUCUUGAGAUGUUAUUUUUUUUAUAACAUUGACAUUUGAUAUCCUACGCUAGGUUAUAGUACAUCUAUGCGAAUUGCUACGGACUCACAAAACUUGCAGAAUUAUUUCGGUUUCUGACAUGGCACUGCCAUUUAUGGCUCAAUACUUAUAAGUUUUCUUGCAAAAAACGUAGAAGGAAAAUGUCUGAACGUAUAUCCAUAAGUGUUGUUCACUACUUUAUAGAAAUUCUUCGACAGAAACAUAUUUUUGUAUGAAUCGUAAAGUUUUGUCGUAGCAGAAUUUAACUCGCAGCCUUCAAAUGAACAUUUUGAAUUUAGUAAUACAUUAGUUGUCAUAUGAAAGCUAGAAUGUUUCAACUGCUUACAAAAAGAACGUUAUAAAAUUGUUAAUUAAUUAACGGAAACCAAAUAUUGGAAAAUAAACUGAACUGCCAUUACUCUUCACUAUUAUUGUAAUAAGACGUAAAAUUAUAUUUUUUGUGUAUCUAAGUAAAUUAAAAAUAGAGAUCAUCUGAAAGUUCCAUGAAGAAGCUUGUACGAAGCUUUGUAAACAUAUAAUUUUGUAACUUAGUAAGGAAUGAUUAUAAUUAAAAAAUUGCAUUAGAAACGAGAGAAAGCUAUUUAAUUGAAUUAAAUAUAAAAGUAAUAAAAGUAUGCGAACGUGGUUUUGUUUUGAAAAUUGUGAUACAUUGUUGAUUGAAUUAGAAUCGUAAUACUAAGACUUUUGAUUGCAAGGACUUUCAGACAAACUGCCUUCUACGUUGUUCUGUAAAUAUGUCUAGUAUUAUUACUCUUAAAGCCAAUUAUCUCAACGUUAAAAUACCAUAAGAAGUGGAAAGUAAUCAGUUACAUUAAUGGUUGUUGGAUACUUAGUUAUAUAUCUCUCUAAAAAAAAAUUUGUAAUAGUUUAUGUUGUUUAUCGCAAUGAUUCCUGUGUCUGAUUUCAUGACUAAAUGUCAUCGAUUACCUCAUUUAACUAAAGUUACUGGUAUAGUAUCGAUAGCAAUAUUGAUAAAUCAUCCGUCUAAAAAUGGAUUGCCUAAAAAAGAAAUAUAUCAGAUUAUUUUUUUUCAAAGGUAAUGGUGCUAAAUGCGUGAAACUAAAGUUAUUUAUAAAAGUUGAAAGUUAUUUAAUGGGAAAAUUAGGUGCUUCUGUUUUUUCUUGCAUCCGUAAUAUCUUAACGACUAAUAAAUGCUUUAGACUAAGUAAUAAAAUUUUUGGGCAAUCCAAUACCUUGAUAAACAUAUUGGUAUAAAUAUACUAUGCCCCGAAUAAGAUGGAAUAACUAAGUACAAUUCAUGGUGGAUCAACAGGAUGCUUGACAAAUCAAAAUCUGUCUAAAAAAAAAUAUACAGCCUGCUUCCUUUACAAAAAUUUUCAGUAGCACAUGAAUACUGUCAUCAAUAGCAAAUAUUAUAAACUGAUUCAAACAAAGAGAUUUCAUAAUUCAAUAACGUGUCCACGCGAAAUUAACAUUAAUUAUGAUAUUUAUAAAGCUAAAAUAUUGCACGAGGUAACUAAGCAGUUACAAAUAUUUACUACUUUUACUAUAGUAGUGUUAUUUAUGGUGCAAGAGGAUUUAUUUAUUUAGAAUUGUUCAAGGAUAAUAUUUUUAAUUAAUAUUCACUUAAUGUUUCUAAAAUCUUUUUAUCUGUUUAGGAUUUAUACUUCGAUCAGUUAAAAUUGUAAACUGGCUAUUCUACGACUUGAAAUAGGACAUCCUAUUAUUAUCUUUAUUUGUGACAAUACAAUUAGUCAUUUAUUAUUUUACAUUCCAGAGUUCUGGAAUUCAUUUUAGAGUGUAUAACCAAACUUAUUGGUGCCCUUAAAAAUUUGGAAAAAAAUAUCAGUAAAAGACUAUAUUCAGCGUUAUAUAUUUUCACUUAAAAAUAUUCCAAAUUAUACAUAGAACAUUUUUCUGGUCACAACUAAUGAAAAUAACAAAGGUAGUCUGUUUCAAGUCGAAUGGUGAAAAUGUAAAAUUUGAUAAUCUUAUUUCUGUAGUAUCGGAGGACACAUGUGUAACGAUGAAAUCGCUUAGCUUGAAUCAACUUUUAUCUCUAUGUAUAUAUAUUAAAGCAGGUGUGUUCCUGACCAAUCAACGUGGUUACAUUUUAAAAUCAAUAUAUUAUAUAAUUUUAUAUAUAAAAAAGAAAAAGAAAUGAAAACAAUUUCAGGACAACACUGAACAUUCCUACGCUCUAUAGAAUGUAAAACAUAGAUACAUUCCAUUGUUAUUAAGAUUAUUGCACUUUUGUUGUAUUGUUAGCAUUAGUAAAACAAAUUUACGCAAUAAGUAUUUUUCACUGUAGCAUAUAAGAGAGAGAGAGAGAGUAAUUUAAGAAAUGUUUCACAACUACCACAGUAUAUCAAGAUUUUUAUUUUACAUUCUCUACGAAACUAGAAAGUGUUUCUGUAAACAUUUUUUUAUUGCAGGGUACGCAAACAUUUUUAUAUUUACGUGGUUUCAAUUAAUCCUAAGUUGAUUGAUAUACAGUUACAUACUUGUUAUAUACUUUUGUUUUUGAAAAUUUUGUAAAAUGUACAUGUAUGGUACAUUACAAAUAUGCAGUCUUUCGUCUUAUGUGGAAAACAUAUGAGUGGAACGCAGUAUAAGAAAGCUUGGGAAUAUAUUUUUGCAGAUAAAAAACCAUUAAUAAAUUCCUUUUUUUAUGCAUACAUAUAUCUACACACACACAUAUAUAUAUUAUCUAUACCUUUGAAGCAGUUUUUUUUUUUAUAGCAAAAUAUCAUAUAUAACUAAUGACAUCGAUUUGUUAUAUUGUAAAAAUAUCUGUAUCAAUCUGUAUAUAUGAUGGUAUUUAAUGCACUAUAUGCAAAUUAAUCAUACAUUUUGCAAACACCGGUACGAAAUAGUUACAAUUAUUGUUGUUUGCUAAUUUAUAAUAUCAAAUUGAACAGAUGAAGUAUUAACGAGCUACUCACAAUAUUUUUUCAUACAGUUCUAGAUAAUUACUUUUGUAACCACGUUGAAGUAUUGGUAGCUAUAUUGUGCCUUUUAGUGUGUAUGAAUAAUAAACAAUGCAAAUACAUACUAUGGAAUUGUGGGAUUUACAAAACACUUAAGUUACUUAUUUAUGAUUUUGAAGUACGAUGUAACGAUAUUCAUGUAUAUGUUAUUUAUUUUAUAAAGAUUUUUCUCUUUUGCAAACA